CGCACACACGGCAUCACAUCGUCCGUCGUCUCUCCUCUUGCCUGCUCUCCAUCUCCUUUAUCUCCAUCCCUCGUUCUUUUCAUUCCUCGUUCUUUUUAGCCUUUGCUGGGAGGUCUGAGCUUUUCUUUGCUUAAGUUCAACGGACGGACGGAUCUGCGUUCCGGCUUUCACAUGUGAUGCUUUUCCCCCCAGGAGCCUUUUAUUAAAAAAAAAUUCUCCUUUUUUUUUCCCGUUCCUCCGGUUUUCAGUUCGACGCCCAUGCGUAGAGAUUCUUGUGUGUGUGUGCUGAUCGUGUGUGAAUCAUGCCCCGCUCCUUUCUGGUGAAGAAGAUCAAGCUGGAUGAUUUUUCCUCGUCUCCUGUGGUGGCAUCUAACCAUCAUCAUCACCAUCAUCAUCAUCACCUGGACGAGUCCUUCACUUUCACUCGCUCCAUCACAGACUCCGUGACCAGUUUGGGCGUCCGGCUCAGCGAGAAUGGCUACAUCCAAGACUACAUGCGUCCUUCGGCGUAUCAGGGUGAGAAGAAGCUGGAGCCGAAGCUGGGCUCGGCUGUGUCUGACCCGCUCUACGCCCCGGUAAGCAGUGGGGGUGAGGAGUACUGCGAGCCCGACCUGGAGCAGCCCGACAGCCCGCAGUCGGGCCUGACCGCUCGCGGCUACUACAGUGGAGACUCCGAGAGCCCGGGUGACGGGUACACCGUGGACGCCUUCUUCAUCUCGGACGGGCGCUCGCGGAGGAGGGGCAGCGAUGCCAAGGAGUCACGAAGGGGAACAGCGAUACGAGAGGCGGGCAGCGCUGGGGCUGGCGGUGGGGGGACCGGUACGCGCCACACAUGCAACGAGUGUGGCAAGACGUACGCCACGUCGUCCAACCUGAGCCGGCACAAGCAGACGCACCGCAGCCUGGACAGCAAGAUGGCGCGCAAGUGCCCCACAUGCGGCAAAGUGUACGUGUCCAUGCCAGCGCUGGCCAUGCACGUGCUCACGCACGACCUCAAGCACAAGUGCAGCGUGUGCAGCAAGGCCUUCAGCCGGCCCUGGCUGCUCCAGGGCCACAUGCGCUCACACACGGGUGAGAAGCCGUUCGCCUGCGCCCACUGCGGAAAGGCCUUCGCUGACCGCUCCAACCUGCGGGCCCACAUGCAGACGCACUCGGCUUUCAAGCACUACCGCUGCAAGCGCUGCGAUAAGACCUUCGCGCUCAAGUCGUAUCUGAACAAGCACUACGAGUCUGCCUGCUUCAAGGGCUCCGGUGACGAGGAUGAGUCCGGCUCAGAGAACUGAUCACUUUGCGGCCAGCGAGCAGACCAGCGAGGAAGAUAAAUUCAUGUCUUCAUCUUCUUAUUCGGUUUUUUCAAAAUUCCUGACCCCUUCGUUCUGCCAGAUGCAGACACACACACACACACACACACUCACAUGCAUACACACACACACACACACACGCACACAAAUAAAUGGGCCUUUUCCACUUCUUCCCCUUUUUUUUAGAAAGCAAUAUUUUCGCUGAAAUUACUUUGGGAAAAAAAGAUAAACAAUAAUGACCAGACAAUAACAAAUAGAUGCUGGAUUUUUCUUCAGGACUGCUAAUUGUCUUCAGAUACACACCAACAGACUCUUUCUCUCACUUUAUCUCUCUCUAUCACACACACACACACACACACCCACACACCCACUUAUUAUGAGGCCUGGCAUGUGAAUUUUUAUCAGUGACUAUAACAAUAUUAAUAAUGAUAGUAAUAAUAUUUAGAUUCCUGAUAUUUUAUAGCAAAUCAUAUCAAAACAAAAACAAAAAGGACAACAACCGUGUUCCUUCUUUUUUAGAAACAAACAAAAACAAAAACAAAAAAAAUGACCUCAUGUAUUUUUAUGCUGCUUAUUUUGUUUUGCUAAGAGUUGAAUUUUUUUGCAACUGCCAAUUUCAACUUUUAUGACAAUGUCAACAAUGACAGUAUUUGCAAAAAAGGCCACUAAAAAGUUGAAAACUUUUUUGUCACUCUUUAAUACUUUAAUUCAACAAGUGUUAUUUUUAUAUUGCAAUUCUGAAUUUCAGCCACUUAUUUAUUGUCUUUUUGUGCCAAUCAUCCCCAGAUAACUCUUUAAAAAGCAAUCUUUGGGAAUGUGGGUAUUUGGUGGACUUACUUAAGAAUAUAAUGUUUGCCUCAGUAUCAGUCUCACCAGGAGUUACCACGCCAAAACAAACAUUGAGAACUAAAGAAGCAACUUAAGACAGACUUAAUUUAAAACCACUUCUGGUUUCAAACUCAUUGCUCUCAUGUCAGUCCUGUGUAACAGGACGCAGUCUCUCAGUAUAUGAAGCACCCUCACAAUAACAGUUCACCAGGACUCUAAUGAGGACAAUUAGCGGAUUCGCUGAAGAGCGGUGCCACAAAAGCAAUCUCAACCCACGAUACAGGUCUUCCUCCGCCAUUUUGGCUAAAGCAGACUCUUCAAGCAUUCCAUCGACUAGGAAUUACCUUCCCCCCCUCCUAUUGUCAACACUUACCUCACCCAGAGGCAGGUACGACCUCUGACCCCUCUGUCUCAGAGUCACUCUGUCCAUCCUCCAUCACCACCAAAACAGGAACCUCAUUUCUUACCACCUCAGUAUUGAUUUAUGUAUGUAUUUAUUCAUGCACUAUUUAUUCUUUUAUUUAAGUAUUUAUUAUUUUUUGUCUUAUUUAUUUAUCUAAUUUAUUAAAGUUAUUCAUCUGUGUAUUUUGAAUACUAAAUACCGCCAUUGACCUUGUAAGAUGCUGCUCUUGGAAAAAAAAAAAUGUUUAUAUGCAUGAUAAAACUGUAGAAAAAGUCCUCGGGACUUUUAGCAUUUUUUGAAGAGGAACAAUGUACAACAUUUGAGACAUUUGAAUGCGGAUGGCGAUACUUUCACAGGCAAUAACUCUUCAUUGGCACGGCAACGGACUUGUGUAAUCAUAGCUGUCCUGUCUGCAGAAUACUUAGGGCAAUAAAUGAAACAGCCUGAACGCAAACCACAAAGUCAUUCUCCAUCACGGUGUUGUCAUUUUUAAAAUGAACUUUAUUUGGGGAAAUAAGAUUUGGUUUGGGAAAAUUGCCCCCCCCCCGACUGAUGCCAGGGUACAUAAUGCACACUGCAAAUAAUUAUAACAUUUGUUUUAUGCCCAUAACACAUUACUCAUUUCAUCCCCAGUCUAAAAGCAUUCACUGUUUAACAGGCCACUUUAGCUCAUAUUGACCAGCAGUAACGUUAAAAGCAAAGAAGCUCUUCCUUUAAAAAAAAAAAAGUCUAUUUAUUUCUUCAUUGAACAUCCAUCUGACAGAAGAGAGUUGUCAUCCAUCCAUCCAUCUUCUUAUUAACACUUCCAAAAUUCUGGGAAACUCAUGAAAAUGAAUUAUAGUUGCAAAAUGUUACAUUCUUAUGUGGUUAAUGGCAAGAUAAUGACAACAGUCUUGUAAUUUGGUCUUAACUAGACAUGCUGGUAAAUUCCCUAUCUGAACCCAGAUAAUAACAUAUAUCGUGACUUCAUACCAGAACAUCUAGUGGCUGUCUGCCAUUAGGACUCACAUAAUUUAUUUGGUUGUUGGCAGAGUUGGGGGAAAGGAGAAUAUACAUCCUUGACAUUGGAGAAUCAACAUAGUUGAAUAGAACAUCAUCCCAAUGCUAACACUGAGAAUAGUGCCGGCUGCCAUGAAUGCAUUUAAUGCCUUUAAUAACGCUGAUGGCACCCAAGUGCUACAUGCAAGAUUAAAGGAUAAAUAGUCUCUGCUAUAGGCGGGUGAUGAUGAUCAUUUGCAGCAUCUGUGAAAAUCAUUUACUCCAAUCAGUGCACCCCCCCUUUGAAGUCAGGGUCCUGAAAAUGAGCAACAAAACAACAUGGCUUAUCAGGAUUACCAUCAUCCGUGGUGAAUUUAGGCUGCAUUCAGGCACUUUUAUCAGUGUUACAGCUGAAACAGGAAAAUCAGAACUGUUCUGCAGAUGAAGUGGACCAGGGGUAGGAGAUUAGUCAGGGGGCUGCUGAUGCUAUCUUUAAUGAUGCUGAUGCUAUCUUUAAUGACUGCUCUUGAAGAGGGAGUGAACCUUGAAGAGAAAAACACUGUCAGGACAGAGAACACAGCAAACCUGCAGGCUUAGAAUCUAGUGCUACAGUAGUGCCUAUAUGCACUCCAAGCUUAUGGCUCUAAAAAUAAACUCUCUCUACCCCUGUAGAAAUAAGGAAAUAUUAAGCAGAGUAUACACACAAUCCUGCACACACACACACACACACACACACACACACACACACACACACACACACCACACACACACACACACACACAACAUCUCAUUAUGUCCUCUUUAUCAGAAUGAAUGCCUUUGUGCUAAAUGUGAAGCUAGCAUCUAGACAGGUGCCGUUUGACGUGAACUUGGUCAGGAAGGAAUUUCAAAGCAAAUAUCCAUCAUCAGUGACAGUCAGGGUGAAGUAAACAGGGCUCUAAUGAUGGCAGAUAGUGUGCAGCAGGGAAGCAAACAAAACAACGUUCAAACGCUGCGAUACAGAUGCAGAGGCCAGCAUGCUGUGAGUGUGUGUAUGCUUCAUUUUUGUCAUCUUCUAGAAGUUUCUGAUGGGAGAUCUACUAUUAGUGUUUGACAGCACAACAGACGAGGGAGUCUUGUGUGCUGGUCACUCCUGUCUUCUCUUCCUCUUAUCUAUUCUGUCCGCGUCUCUCCUCGUCCUCCCCGCCAUAUCUGUCGUUCCCCUCUGACCUUUUCUUCUUUUCUCUCCUCCCCCCUUCAUCUCAGUUUCCAUUUCUCUCUCUCUCUAUCAUUCUCGCUGUUGCUCUUUCCUCGUUUUGGCGUGUCCUCCCUCCCUCCCUGUCUGUCUGUCUGUCCUGUCUUUUUGUCCAUGUGUCUGUCUCUGUUUCCUUCUCUGUCCUUCACUCCCUCUGUCUCUCGGGGGUGAACAGGUGCUAGUGGACAGGCAGAAGACAGAAAGAGUAAUUGAGGCUGAGUCUGACCUUGAAGGGGAAGGUCAUGGCAGCAGCAGGCGAAUGCGCUGUCAGCAUUUUGCAUAUUAUAAAAUGGGCAACACAAUCUCGGUAAUGGUGCGAAACCCACAGGGACUCAGAGAUGAGCUUCUCUUCCCGGCCCCCCACCUCCCCUCUGCAACUCCAUUCUCUAUAUUCAGCCAUCCAUGCAUCCAUCCACCCAUCCAUACAUCCAUCUAUCUACCUAUCCACCCACGCAUCCAUGACCUCUACCACUUAACCAUUGACUUUCUUUGUCCUGAAGUCAGGGCAGUUCAAGUGUGUAAGUGCAGUAACAGAGACAGCAGGCCUUUCCUGGUCCAACCUCUUAGCCUAGUUCAUUAUCAGAGAAUGUAUCAUGUCUGUGAAGAACUCAUUAUUUUUCAUUCUUUGAACAUUUGUCUUUUCUACCCUUUCUCACUGCAUAAGAGCCUUCAAACCUAAAGCCUAAGAUUAGAAGCAAUGAUAAACCCACUGAAUAGUGAAUAGUUUUAUUAUGCAAAGCCCUUGAUAACAUGUAUAGCAGCCUUUAAAACGACAUUCUAAAAUUUAUGACUAGCUUUACCUCUCUAUUUUUCCUUGCAAUUAAAGGACAACCAUUUUUUAAUGUAUCCUAAGCAAUGGCAGUAUUAAGAAGGGAAGACUGCUCUAAAUAUUGUCCAAAAGUCAAAGUAAUUGUGAACAUUACAUGGACUACCAACAGAAACUAAGAUAUGAUGGACAAACAUUGUUCCUCUUUGAUAAACUUGUAAAUAUGUUUGUAAAUAUGUCACAGCAAUAAUAAGACACUGCAUGUGGAGAAAUUUUGAUCCGUUUGCUUUUUCUCUUUUCUCAUGUUUUUUGCAUAAUAUGUACUGGUACCAGUAAAAGCCUGGACAGAAUUCACAAAAUCAGGGACAUGACUUAAUUAGCUAAUUAUCUGCUGUAGGCUGUGUUGACCAGUUGUUGUCAACGAGAGAUCAUUCUCUGUGUAUUCUAGAUCUGUCGAAGUUCUCUCUCUCUCUCUUUUUUUGUUUGUUUUUUGUCUUUUGUCUAAGUGCCCAGCCUGGCUGUGCCGUAACGAAAAGUGCCAAAAAUUAAAGUGUAAUUUCCAUAACAAAAGCCUUCAACAUAUGGCGGCCUACCCAAGAGCCCCCAUAUGGUCCUCAAGCGACAGAAUUUAGAUUUUCACUCUCUCUCUUACCCUCCACACCCUCCCUCACUCUGUCUCCCUUUGACUCAAGAUGUGUGAAAAAUGUUAAGCCAUGAUUGAGAAUGAGUGGUUUUGAUUUUUUUCUGCUACUGUUAUUAAAAGUGGGGAUAAUACUGAGGAAGAUGAUGGCAAUGACGAUGAUGACAGUAAUAAAACCAAUAGCACAA